AUGGAAGCGCAACCUUUAAAGGUAUUUUUUGCACAGUUAUCCCAACUUUUACCCGCUUUUUCAGUCUGAAAACGUAGAAUCUCCCGAUUCGAAGAGUCUAUGGAAGCAUUGGCGAAUUAUAGCCCUUUGCAGUUUGGUUUUCUUUGGCGCUGCGUGUUUUUUCAUGAAUUCAUUCACAAAUGUGAGUUUCCUUAAAAGACUUCUACAUUUCCAUUUUCAGACAGACAAUAUUAUUGUGAAGUUUAUUGAAGAGGAGUUAAUCGAGAAAAACCUCGAAGACCCGUUCGUUUCGCAGGAUUUUUUCAUGGAUAUGGGUUCAAUACGAGUUUUCACUCCUCUCGAUGGCUAUGAUUUCGCUUAUGUUGGCUUCGAUUUAUUUUCUUGGUGAUCGUUUAGUUUCAGAAAAGCUCAGCGGGUCCUUACGACGUCAUCAGUCUGAAAAGCGAGCAGACGUUUCGAAUGAAAGAAUUCAUCAAAAGAAAUACAUCGCCAUACUUUCUCAUUACACACAACAGUUCAUUGAUAAUGCCGGGUGAUAACCAAUUUAUCCUCGAGUGAGAAAAGAAAUAUUGAAAAUGAUUUCAUGUUUUUGCUCAGAGAUCCGUCGCUAGUUCAUUGGUUCACCAGCAAUCUCAAUAUUUCCCAUGAAAAACUUUCCGCGCUUCCUUACGGUGUUUCUACACCUACAGGCCUGCAAGAAAAUUUGAAACAACUUUCUCUAAAACAAAAGUUUGUGAUAGUUUUAUAAAUAAAACCGGAAAAAAGUUUCUAGAAAGUUCAGCGAGCGAAGUAUACAAUUAUUGAUUUUACUCAACGGGAAUGAUUCGAAAGAUGAGGUAGUCACAAAAAAACUUUGUUCAGGCGUCUUUUCUUCAAUUUUAUGCAGGUAAAACUUGUCUCGUCGAGCAGCUUAACUCUUUACAAUUCAGAAAAGAUGAGAACAAGGAGAAAAUUCUAGAGUUGAUGGGAGAUUCGAAAUUUUUCCUUUCUGCCGAAAAGGAGGAAGUGGAUACGUGCACGAAGUGAGUUUCAAAGUUUUAAAAAUUCUAGAAAAAGUUUUUUUAAUAUUGGACGAAUUUUUUUCAAUGGAAAAAAAUAUUCGAUUUCAAACCCCAAUGUUGAACCGAAUAGUUUUUUGAUCCUUUCUUCAUGAGCAAAUAGUAAGCUUUUCACAAAAGAUGUGAUCAAUAUACAUUUUUCUUCGGGGCAUUGUGUUCUAUGUUUUCAGCUGGGAAGCAAUCGUGAUGGGAGCUGUCCCAAUAGUGAAAAAUGGAUCAAAUAAUGAGCUUUACGACGGAGAAAGAGUUCUGAUGUUGGAAAGUUACAAUGAGGUGAGCGAUGAGGCUUUUGAACUUCGAAAAAAUUAAGUUGCCUAUACUUGGGAAGUAAACGUAUUGCAACAAAAGUAUAAGACUAUUGUCUAAACAUUUAAUUUGAAAAUCAUUUUUCUUGCUUUCGGUUUUUAAUUAGUGCAGACAAUGAGAUGUCCGACAGGAUCUCUGAAGAAUUUCAAACUUCUCAACAUCAUCCCACAAAAAUUACUUAUUGAAGUAUUUCCAGAUUGACGAGAGCUUGCUUCAUCAAAAAGAAUUGGAAAUAUCCCGGCGAAAGUUCGGAUUGUCUCGGGUGUUCAAGUCAUACUGGAUGGAAAUGUAUUAUGAAAGCAUCAGUAAAUAUGCAAAUGGCUCAUAUCUUCAACCAUAUUACAAAGCUUUGUGACUGCACAAAACUAUGAAUAAAAAAUUGGAAUUUCUUCUGAAAUAAAGUUAAAAAAAAGUGGAAAACCUAAAGUGAUAUUUUCAAACAUUUCCACACACUUAAUCAGUCUUCAAAGGUCUUCUGUUGAGUCAUGGAAUCAUUGAAGAAGAGUUUUCGGUUCACAAAACUGUUCUAGAUCAAGAACGAAGUGUAGAAAAUUAUUCCUUUUUGUGAUAGUAUUAGACGAAUAUUUCGAGCUUCCCUACGAUCAGCUUCUUCCUCAUGUAGGAACAGGGUCAGUUUAUCCAGAGCUGGCGGGCGUCGGAUUGAAUCUCGUCUAAGGACGGAAAAAAAGACGGACUACUCGAAAAGGAGAAGUAGAGAUUUUAAAAAUUGACAAACAACUGCAAAGAGAAAAAUUUCAGAGUCAUGUUUUUAGACUAAAAAGUAAGGUACUUUUUUCAUUUUAUCUGUCGCAAAAAAAAAAUUAAAACCGGAAUUGAUUCAAAAAAGGUUUUAUUGUCGGGUUUGAAAAAUUUAGAAAACUUAUUUUGGUUUAUUGAAUUGUUGGGAUGGAAUAAAUUUGCUUCUUGAAACAACUAAAUUUGCUUCUUGAAACAACAAAAUGUAUAAUAAUGAGACAUUUACCAGAGUUUGAAUCAAAAUUUCAAACGAAAACAUCAAACUAUAAACCUUCUUCAUACAAGGAGCUACUGUAAGUCUGUCGUUUUUGGCUUAGUCGUUGUGAAUUUCAAUGGGUGUGCAUCUUGGUGUUUCGCUUAGCACUAGUUUCCAGGUGCUAAGUUAGGACAGGAGUUGGCUUAGGCUUAGGCUUAGGCUUAGGCUUAGGCUUAGGCUUAGCUUAGGCUUAGCUUAGGCUAGGCUUAGGCUUAGCUUAGGCUUAGGCUUAGGCUUAGGCUUAGGCUUAGGCUAGGCGCUAGGCUAGGCUUAGGCUUAGGCUUAGGCUAGCUUAGGCUAGUUUGUUUGAAAUGAGUAUUAGGUUCACUGCAAAACUGAUUACAGUUCAAGUCAUUUAAGCAGUGUUUGCUGAAGCGAUUACAAAGUGGGCUUGAUGAAAAUCACCUUUCGAGAGCGAUUGCACCAGUGAGGCCCAGGAGGCCUCUGAGCUAUGACACUUAAACAUUUCAUCGCAACACAUUCCGACAUUAUAGUGGUCACUAAACAUUAAGCGAGCCAAUUGUCAAAAAGACGCUAGUCCGUUCGUGCGAUCGAUUGACCACCGGAAGCGAGCCUGGCGAUCACUUUUAGCAGCGUCGCACCCUGGCGUUCCUGCUUGCCUGGUCGAGCUGGCAGCGUUUAGCUUUGAAAUGACUUUUGCCCAGGCCUGGGCAAUUUUGACUCGCUGA